AUUCCAACUACGCAUGCGCAAUAGUGGCAUAGAGGAGCCGGGUGACGAGGAAAUAUGGCGGAGCCAGAACCACAAAAGAAGAUAACUUUGGUGCCAGAAAAUCUACUGAAGAAAAGAAAAGCAUAUCAGGCAAUCAAAGCCACCCAGGCAAAGCAGGCACUAUUGGACAAGAGAAAGCACCAAAAAGGAAAACAGAUAAAAUUCAAACGGCUUGAGACAUUUUUGCGUGACUCACAUCGAAAGCACAGAGAUGAUGUUCGUUUGCGGCGUAUGGAACAGAAACCUGGAGUGCUGCUGAUGCCUGAGGGACACAAGCUGGCAUUUGUUGUACGGAUUGCAGAAAUUAAAGGGGUGAGUCUUCAGGUGAGACAUGUCAUACAGAGGCUACGGGUGAGAAAGAUUUACAGUGGCACAUUUGUUAAACUGUCACCAGCGUCACUAAGAAUGCUGCGAAUUGUGGAGCCUUACGUAGCAUGGGGAUAUCCCAAUCUGAAAUCUAUCCGAGAGCUGAUCCUGAAACGAGGCCAUGCAAAAGUCAAGAAUAAAAAGCUUGCCUUGACUGACAAUGUGCUGAUAGAGGAACAUCUGGGAAAGUAUGGUAUUAUUUGUCUGGAAGACCUCAUUCAUGAAAUUUAUUCAGCUGGGAAGCACUUCCAUGAAAUCAACAAGUUUUUGUGGCCAUUCCACCUGUCAGUGGCUCGACAUGCUGCCCGUAAUAAAAUAGGGUUCCACAAAGAGAUAGGCGAUACUGGAUUUCGAGGCAAUGGGAUCAACCAGUUGAUACGUCAUUUGAACUAGAACCUGAAAGGUAAUCAAGAACAGUAUGGCAAUGUUCUGGAAGCAUUUAUUUGUACUCUGUGAUGUACAUCUGUUCUUCAGAAAUGCUCAGGAUGGUGCAGCACUACAUUGUAUCUGUUCUCUUUUAGAUGCUUUGAGAUGAUAACAUAGCUGAUGAAAUGACUUCAUAUGCAUUGGAAGACAUGUAAUGUGUGACUUACCUGCUACAUUCCAUCACAGAUUUGUACAUUGGAUGGAAUGGAAAAACCUAAGAGAAGGCCUUUUUACUUCUCUCUGAAAUUAAUAGACAUCUGCAAAGACAUUGGAAAAGCUUUGAAGCCAAAGUACUGUUUUUGUGUUCAGUUGCAUUAUAUGCAUCUUAGUUACUAAAAUGGAAGCACCUGCCAUGUUGGUUCCUUUCAUACACCAUCCAUUCUGCUAACAUGUAAUUAUGAGAAGGAAACCUAAUAUAAACUAAACCUGGUGAAAUGCUUUGACAGUUGUGAUCUAAAUGCAUCAGGAUCACCUCCCUCAGGAUUGUCUAAUCAGCUGGUGCUUUACUUUCUUACCAAGUUUCUUGAUGGCCUGCCCACAUCUCUAAAAUUGGUAUUUUAGAGGAAGAUUGUGCAAUCUCCUUUGGUUUUUUCCCAAAGAGUAAAAAAGUACAAUAUAUGUGUAGUAAUAAAUUAUAACAUUUUGAAUGUAGUCCUGGAACUAUACUUGUAUGUAGAGACUCUGAAAUAAAAAGCUUUAUUAGUUUC